AACACUUUCGGGAAAAAUAAAGUUUGCCCCCCGACUUCCCCCCGUCUUACCGACCUGCUCUCGGUCAGUCUAAGCCAAACCGUGGCCUGUAGCUGGAAGAACGGCUCGACUAUGUGGAGGCAGAAGCGGGCUCUUGGGAAACCCUUGGCUUGUCUCGUAUUACUAGUGGCGCUCGCCGAUGCUUAUCGAUUCCUGAACCAGAAUACAGCUUCCCAGUUCCUGAGCAGGCAGCGGAGGGCCAACUCUCUGUUCGAGGAGAGCAAGAAGGGCAACCUGGAGAGGGAGUGCAUCGAGGAGGUGUGCAACAAGGAGGAGGCAAGGGAGAUUUUUGAGAACCACCCAGAGACGGAAUACUUCUACCCCAAAUAUGUCUUGUGCUUGGGUUCCCACCGCGUCGGCAUCAACAACCACAACUCGCAGUCAAACAUCCCGCCCGACCUUCGAACCUGCGUAACGGAGCUCAGUAACCAGUGCACGCCAUACCCAUGCUACAAGGAGGGCUCAGAGCGCUGCGUCGACGGCCAGGCCUCCUUCACGUGUGUGUGCAAGCCGGGCUGGAAGGGGAAGCGCUGUGAGGAUGACAUCGACGAGUGCUCAGAUCCUGAGUUUCCAGCAGGAUGCAACCAAAAAUGUCACAACAUACCAGGUAGUUUUCACUGCUUUUGUGACGAAGGCUUCGCCACCAAUGACAAGAUCAACUGUGUUGACGUCAAUGAGUGUGUGUUGUACCCCAGUAUUUGUGAACAACCAGCUAAAUGUGUCAACACACCAGGCAUGUAUGAGUGUCAAUGUCCCCUCGGAUUUAAAUACAACUUCACUUCCAGGACAUGCAAUGAUGUGGACGAGUGUGAGACGCAUUCGUGUGACGGGACGUGUCAUAACACGGUGGGCAGCUACUCGUGCCACUGUGACGGCCGUCGGGGGUUACAGCUGGCGGCAGACAAGCGAUACUGCGAGAGGAUCCCCGUUUGCGUGGACCUGACGGACUUUAAACACCCCGAGAUGCUUUACCUAGGGGAGCAGUUUGCAGGCAAACCAGUCAUCCACCUGCGCUUUCGCCUUCCUGAAAACACAAAAUUCGCAGCCGAGUUUGACUUCCGAACCUUUGACCCAGAGGGAGUUGUUCUGUAUGCCGAGUCCGCCCCUGACUCGUGGUUCAUGUUGGGACUGAGGGCUGGCCGCAUUGAAGUCCAGUUUAAAAACCAGCACACCUACAAGGUUACAAGCGGAGGACAAGCCAUCAAUGACGGACAGUGGCAUGUGAUCUCGGUGGACGAGCUGGAAAGCAGCAUCAGCGUGAAGAUCAGUAAGGAGGCCGUGAUGAGCAUCAACAGCCCCGAGAAUCUCUUCACUUCAGUCAACGGCAAACUGGAGACCAAAGUCUACAUCGCCGGGCUGCCCAACCGCACAGACGUCAUGAAGCCUAUCAAUCCCCGACUCGACGGCUGCAUCCGUGGCUGGAACCUGAUGAACCAGGGGGCAUCCGGCGUCAAAGAGAUCAUUCAGGAGAAGGAGAGCAAACACUGCUUCAUCUACGUGGAAAGAGGGUCCUUCUUCUCAGGGGCCGGACUGGCACACUUCGACAUAGACUACAGUGAUUCUGGGAGUUGGAAGGUGGAUAUAAUGAUGAACAUCCGUCCAUCAAGGAGCACAGGCGUCCUCCUCGCUCUUGUCUACAACAACACAGUCCCCCUGUCGGUUGCUGUGGUAACGAAGGAGGAAGAAGAUGCAAACCUGCAAGUGUUCCUGGACGGUGUCUCUGUGGCCACGCUGGACUCGCUUAUGUUGUGUUACCCUGAUCGGUUGAUGGUGCAGCUGAACGUGACUCCGACCGAAAUCCAGAUCUCUGCAAACUCCUCCACUGUUGGCUACAUAAAGUCUGAAACCCUGCAGAAGGCCCUGGAGCAGCUCAACACCACCAUGCAGAACCCCAUAGGCACUUACAUUGGCGGGAUACCAUCUGACGUCCCUUUGCCUGCCACGCCUGUGUCAGCCUUUUACCACGGCUGUAUGGACAUCAGCAUAAAUGGCAGACAGCUGGACUUUGACGAAGCACUGAGUAAACACAACAGCAUAAAAUCUCAUUCCUGUCCUCCUGUCAGUGACCCAGGACACCCUGAUGUACAUCGCCCUGCAUAGGAAAUGACCUUAAUUAGCAAACCAUUAAAAAAAACUUCUCAAAUUAGCCAACACCCCGCAGGGGACACCUCUGGGGAUGUGUCAGGUAGAAAAUGGGGUUUUAAGAGCUGUCCUUCAUCCAUGCUGUGUAACUUUGUUCACCCUUUUUAUUCCGGGUUUCUUGGUUGGUCUUGGCUUCAGCAAAAGCUGGACAUUAUGGUUGUAGCAGUUUGUUGCAAUAAAUGUAAAAUUUUUCAAGAUAUUUUGACAGAAAGAGUUGGGUUCUGCAGUAGCAGUUUGUACUGAGCAACAUACGGUUGCCUUUGUGUGGAUAAAUAAACAAAUGGUCACUGUUGGCCAUGCUCUGAUAGUACCCUGUCCUUGCCGCAGUCACGUUCCUAUCUGUGUCUGUCUCAGAAAAAGAGGCAGAACCUGGAGGCCUCCGACUCAUGUGUCUUCGGAUCUACAGUACUGAUCUGGGUCACACAGUUAUCAAAACUUUUGGUCUUCAGCUCGGUUGAUGAUAUUAUGGGUGCACAAUUCACAGUGUAUAUAAAAGACAAACCGUGUAGUUCUUCCUGGUGUAUUUUUUUUCCCUCAAUGUUUAUUUUAAUAAAACCUAAUUAAAGCA